CCUGCCUCAGUAGAAGGAUCACAUAUUGUCAUAGCGCUAAAGCAUAGCAGGUAGACGCACAGGAAGAGGGGAAACAUGGUUUUUAUGACUCUGCUCUGUCUGCUGUUACUGCGGCCUGGCUUCAGCGCUCUAAUGAGAUCUCCAUUGGACGAGAAGCUAUUUCAUCACUCCUCCAGUCAAAGAGAUAUAGUUUCCUAUCCUGAUUCUUCUCCUGAUGCCUCUGAGAGUGGGCGGCUGCGACGGUCAGCCCUGAUGUCUGAUAUCACCCAUCUGGAACUGCUGGUGGUGGUAGGUCCUGAUGUCCAGCAGGUCCACAAGCAGGAUACAGAAAGAUACAUCCUCACCAACCUCAAUAUUGCCUCAGAGAUGUUGAGAGACAUGACCCUGGGCGCCAACAUGCGGGUGCACCUGGUCCGCAUGAUCAUCCUGUCGGAGCCAGAGCCAGAAAUCCAAAUGUCUACCAACAUCACCUCAUCUCUCAGAAGUGUGUGUGACUGGGGCAGAAGGAUAAACCCCUCCAAUGAUACCGACCCACUACAUGCUGACCUGUUGUUGUACAUUACAAGGUACGACCUGGUGUUGCCUAAUGGGAACAAGCAGGUUCGGGGAGUAGCGCAGCUGGGUGGGGCUUGCUCCAAUGAAUGGAGCUGUGUGAUCACAGAGGACACAGGCUUUGAUCUGGGGAUCACCAUUGCUCACGAAAUUGGCCACAGUUUUGGAAUCAACCAUGAUGGAGUGGGAAACGCCUGCAGCAGGAGUGGGUUCAUGAUGGCCUCUGAUGGAGGCUACAACAGUGUGGAUCUGACCUGGUCCCCCUGCAGCAGACAGCAGCUGCUCACAUUUUUCAGUGAAGGGAAGGCUGAGUGUGUAAACGACCUGCCUGCAAUGGAGGGCUCCCUACAAGACUGGAAGCCUGGUCUGUACUACGGAGUUGAUGACCAGUGUCGUAUAGCUUUUGGUAGCACUGCAAGAGCCUGCUCUUUCACCAAUCCUGACCUGCCAGCUUGUCGUGUUCUGUCCUGUCACAUUAACCCUGAUGAUGACAGCUCCUGCAAACGUCUCCUGGUUCCACUGCUGGACGGGACAGAGUGUGCACCAAAUCAGUGGUGUCUGAAGGGGCGUUGUGUGUCUCCAGAUGAGUUCAGCUCUUCUGUGGUGGUGCAUGGCUCCUGGUCCAGCUGGUCUGAGUUCUCCCCCUGUUCACGGACAUGUGGUGGGGGAGUCACUCACCGCACACGGCAAUGCAACAACCCGAGACCUGCUUUCGGAGGGAAUGACUGCCGGGGUCUGGAUGUUGAGGCUGAACUUUGUCACCAGCAGCCAUGUGAGCGCACCCAGCUAGAUUUCAUGGAAGAGCAGUGUUCCCAGACAGACCUCCAUCCUCUCUUCCUGCUACCAAACACGGCCUCCUUCUACACAUGGAUCCCCGCUGUAGGCUUUGCACAAGGGGAUGAGCAGUGCCGAUAUAUGUGCCAGUCAGCUGGAGAAAACUUCAUAGUGAGCCGUGGCUCUCAGUUUGUGGACGGGACUCGCUGUGGGUCAGACAGUCCGGCUCCCUUUGGCUCUAUAGCUGCUUGUCUAAGAGGGACGUGCCAGCUGUUUGGCUGUGACGGUGUGUUACACUCUGGGAAAGUGAAGGAUAUGUGUGGGGUAUGUGGUGGAGAUGGAUCGUCCUGCGGUUUGACCUCUGAUUCCUACAGUGCUGGUCAGGCCAGAGAGUAUACCACCUUUCUCUCUCUGCCAGUGAAUGCCACACAGGUUCAUAUUGUAAACAGGGCACCUCUCUUCACUCACAUGGCUGUAAUGGUUGGGGAUCGGUAUAUUGUGUCUGGAACCGGCAGCAUGGCACUGAAUAUGACCCACCCCUCCCCACUGGAUGAUAACCGCCUAGAAUACCGCCUCCACCUGACCCCUGACCUUUUACCCGCAAUGGAGGAGCUGCUGCUGCCUGGACCGCUGCAACAGGAGAUAAACAUACAGGUCUAUCGCAAAUAUGGAAAAGAAUAUGGCGAGAAAACAAAUCCAAACAUUAGUUACCAGUUUUAUGUACCUACUGGAAACGGUGACUCGACAGGCAUCACAUCUAAAGGCAAAUGGGUUGUCUUUACAACACCCUGCUCUGUAUCCUGUGGAUCAGGUGUACAGAAGCAUGUAUAUGUCUGUGCAGAUGAAGAUACAAACAGCCGUUUGGAUGAACACAAUUGUGGAACACCUCCGCCACCUGUACCACUCCAGACAACCUGUCAGCUCUCACCCUGUCCCCCCAGGUGGGAUACAGGGAAAUUUGGGCCAUGUAGUGCCUCCUGUGGCGGAGGAGAGCAGGUGCGUCCUGUAAGAUGUGUUCAGAAACAUGGAGGUGAUGUGGUGCAGGUUCCAGAUUCAGAAUGCCCACCUGAUUCAGCUCCAAACGCUGUCAAAAAAUGUAACCUGCAACACUGUCCUGCCAGAUGGCGUGUUUCAGAGCCAGGGGAAUGCUCGGCAGUGUGUGGGCCAGGAGAAGCGAAACGUGUCGUUUCAUGUGUCCGGCCAGAAAUUGGUCAGGAUGUUGAAGUGGAUCAAAGCUUUUGUUCAAAGCAGAUCAAACCAUCUGAUUUUGUGCCCUGUGUGGUAGACGUUUGUCCCAUUGGGUGGCAAUCUAAGGGAGAGGACCAGCCCAUGCAAAAGCCUGGUUUUCUGCCACGCUCUAGACAAGCUCCUGUGUAUGUGUGGAGCCCUGUUAUCAGCCAGUGCUCAAAGACCUGUGGCAAAGGAACCCUGCAGGUGUGGUUUUCCUGUGUGGACCACCAGACCAGACUGGGGGUGCCUGACUUCCACUGCGAUGCUUCUACAAAACCCUCUCCUCAGUCUGAGGUCUGCAACACAUCUCCCUGCCCACCCAUGUGGCGCUCUAAGCAAGGAGUCUGCAGUGUAACAUGUGGAGGAGGGGUGGCCAACAGGGUGCUGUACUGUGCUCAGGAAGCAGAGGGGGAGGAGGUGGUUGUGGAGGAUUCGGAGUGCAGUGACUUACUCAAACCCACAGCAGUGGUUUCAUGUAACACCCAUAGCUGCCCGGCAAGGUGGAAGGUAUUCAGGACGUCACCCUGCUCUGUGUCCUGUGACCUGGGUGUAGCUCAGAGGAUUGUGUCUUGUGUCCAAUUUGUCCACGGCAAGGAGAGUGUGGUGCCAGAGGAAAACUGCCAUGCAGCUGUCAAACCGGCCACCACAGUGCCCUGCCUGGUGCAAGUCUGCACCUUCAGGUGGGAGGUGAAGCCAUGGAGCCAGUGUUCAGUACCCUGUGGAUAUGGGAUCCAGUCCAGAGCUGUGUCCUGUCUCGGCCCCUCUAAGCCGGAGCCCCUCAGCCCUCUGCUUUGCAUGCACAUGCCCAAACCCAUCACCAUCCAGGGUUGCAACACGGGCGGCUGCAGAGAUGUGUCGCCCCCAUCAGAUGUGGCCUCUAACAUCACCACUGCAACGCGGACUGUCAUGCUGGUUAACCUCACAGACGACCCCCUCCCGUCCCCCACUCUGAGCUACAAAGAUACACCACAGCACCGCAUGGGCCAUCUUCCCCCAAGUCCAACAGAGGCCACCACCAUCCCACAGACCAGCACCCCAACCCCUAAAGGUGCAUGUGGACAGCUACUGCUGGAGGAAUCUGGCACAGUGGAUUUGAGAGAUGUAACCAGCCGCUGCACAGUGUCCAUAGGUCGACCUCUUGAUGAGGUUAUACACAUUAGAGUGGAAUCUAGCUCCUUGAACUGCAGAAAAAAGGAGUAUGUGGCAUUUUUUGACCGACUGGCAUUCCUGAGGAAGUGUGCGCAGGUAGCAAGUAGUGAAGUGACCAGUAGAACCAACGUCUUGCUGGUUCGUCAAAAUCUGCUCACCCCUGGGAAUGGGAUUGUGUUCACCUACAAGUCACAGAAAAACAUGAAGAGGAGCCACCGUCAGGAUUGUGACAUUCAGCUGUUUUCCCCCAGCGGUGCCUUUGAGAACCCAACAACAUCCAACACUAACCACACCUGUCGAGUGCUCAUCAAUGCCCCUCCCUCGGUGAAGAUCAGAAUCCAAGCGCUGCACAUAGGAUUAGUAUUCAACACCACCAACUCCCAGUCUACAUACAUUAUGAUCCGGGACAUGGAAAUCUUAAAGACCAAUGUAUUUAAAGGCCAACAGCUGUUUCUGUGGCACUCCUCUGGAAAUAUGGCUGAGAUCGAAUUUCAUGGAGACUACCUGCAUUCCCAAGGAAGCUUCAGAGCUGAAUAUUCCUUUAUGAGUCUUUGAUACUAAAUAUUACCUAUCUUGAG